GAUUCAAGGUACUGUUACUCAAAAACAUGGCCCAUUUGGGUGAAUUUCUUGGUGAUGAAAAAUGUUAUUAUAUGAUACCUUUUCUCAAGCAUGCCAGAGCAGUAUCACAUAUUUUACCAAAGAUAGAGCACAUGCAUGGAUAAUAAGCCUAAUUGUUUUCUAAGCUUGAACCUUUAGAAACAAUAUGCUCAAGGAAACAAUAAAUGAUGCUACUGUAAGUAACUUAGAUUUUACCAUUGCAUGCUCAUGUACCAGUACUUAAAACAAAGACAACUAAAUAUUUACCUGGCAUGUCACCUCAACAAAAGUGCAUAUAUUUUAUACAAAUGAACUGCUCUUCAUUAGAUACAAGAGGAACGGGAUAGAAGGCACAGAGAAGCAGACAUGUUGGAGGCUCACAUUAUGCAAGCUCAAGCUGCAGCUAUGGCUGCUGAUGAGAGAGAACUACAGAGAAUUUCAGAAGGGUAUGAAAAUUACCAAUCAUUGGGGUUACCACCAGCAAAAUCGCAGCUCAGAAACUGUCUCGACACUCAGUUACUGCGACGCUACAAUCUCAUUGUUCCAGAAGAUUUCUCUUCAGAAGAGGUUUCUCCAUCUAAAGCUCCACAAGCUGAUGAAAUACCAAGCUAUGCCAGGCCAACCACAUCAUCUCAGCAGCGAUACAGGAAAACGCCUCCAUUGACAGAGUACUUGGAUGAUACUGCUCUGUCAACAUCAACAUGGCCGUGGGAAUCACUUCCGCCUACUCAGGGAAAAGAUAAGAGAGAUUUGAAUACAAUGCCACUCCCUAAUGCAAAAAGCAGGCACUCCAAGUCUUCAGUCUGGAAAGAAUCUAUGAAACCAGAUAAGCGACAAGCAGAGCGGGAAGAUCUUCAAAGGUUACAGAGCAAGGCAGAGUACAAAAGAAACCCACGCUUUGUGCCCCCAUGCAAAGGAGGCCUCACAAAAGCAGCCAAGGAGAAAAAGAAAAAGAAAACAGAAGUUGACAAAGAAAGACCUAAAUCUGCUGAUCCAGUUGAAGUAUUUAUUGCCUCUCCAUCCCCUGUGGUAUUUACAGACUAUGAAGUUGGUCAAGUUUAUGAGCUUCUUUUAGACCUGAAAAAUGUGUCAUCAUCAAGUCGCCAACUGAGGAUUACUCCACCAGCGACAAAAUACUUCUCUGUUGGAUUAGGGAGAUUCCCUGGUGAACAUGGUGUGGUCGCGCCAGGUCUCAGCUGUCAGUAUCCAAUCAAAUUUGCUCCUGAUUCCCUUGCAGACUAUGAUGAUAUAAUUAAGGUGAAAACCCAGGUGGACCCUCCAAUGAUAAUCUCCCUUCAGGGCAGACGGCCACCCCCUGUGCUGAAUUUGUCUCCAGUACUUGACUGUGGUCAUACUUUGGUGGGAGGAAAGAAAGUUGUUCAGCUUGUUUGUGAAAACAAAGGAGGCGAUGGAAAGUUUUGCAUUAUGAGGAAAUCUUCUUGGCCCACGACAAGUUUUGAGGGGACCCUUGAAGAUCCCGGAUCAGUUUUUGCUGAACCAUUUGAACUAAAACCAGCCAUGUUCAAGCUGGGCGCUGGAGAAGUGACCACUCUGGAGAUCACAUUCUGUCCUACUUCUGCCAAGUACUUCAAAGAGGAGGUUGUGUUUGUUUGUGACAACUGUCAUGUCAAGGAGUUCUCUAUUGAAGGCUCAGGUCAGUUGGCCGGAGUGGAGCUUGACUCCGUCUCAGGAGGACUCAAUGAAGCAGAAAUUGGAGAAAUAACAGAUAUAUCUGCACAGCAUUUUAUAAGAUUCAAAGAACAGAACCCAGAAACAACAACAGAGAAGACACUAGUUAUCAAAAACACAACGAAUGUCCCCCUACCUUUCCGUUGGAAACUCUUCAAACCAUUCUUUAGGUGUCCUGUGGUUCCUGGUAUGCCUGUGCAAUCGCCGAUUACAUCAUCGCACACGCCACGGAGUCUGGAUGAUAACGGAGUGUUUCGGGUCACGCCAAAUAUGGGUACUUUGCCGCCUCAGCAGUCGGUGGAUUUCAUAUUGGAAUUUGAACCAAGAGAGGUUGGCAGUUUUCACGCUGUGGGUCAUAUGAUUCUGGAGGAGAUUCCAAUUUAUGAUGACGAGGGUUCUACCACACAUGAUGUAAAAGACGUGACAGCAGUGCAAAUAGAAAUGAAAGCUGUUAGCAAACCUCUUGAUGUGAGUGUCUCUCCUCCAGCGAUUGUUUGUCCUGGGACAUUAACAAUAGGUGUUUCGUACAGAUUUCCCUUUAAGAUGUUUAACAAUAGCGUCUCAGAAGCAAGGGUUUCCUGGCGAAAGGUAGAAGGAACAUCGUGGAGAGCGUCAGUCGAACCGAAAUUGUCUGUGAUAGGCGCUGGACAAGGAGCCAACCUGGAGUUAGUUCUUGUGGCUGAUGAACCAAUUCACAUAGAGAAGACGAUACUUUGUGACUUGAAGCACUCGUCAGCUCCUGUCUAUGUUUAUGUAAAUGCCAGUUUUAAAGGACCAGAGGUUAUUUUCACCUGUCCGGACCUGAAUUUCAAUCUCGUUCGCUUCAGAGAACUUAACGGCUAUGAACACAUAACUAUAAGGAACAUUUCAAAUAUUUCGGCAGAGUGGAGCUUAAGGGAAUCACCAGAGUGUGUUCAGCAGACACAUGACGAGGUGGCUGUUUCUCAGUUUUCCUUCACUCCCUCGUCCGGAGUCCUGGGUCCACAAGAAAGCAAGGAAGUAGCUGUGCUGUAUACACCGGCCAACACAGGCAGAGUGAGGACUGUGUUCCAGUGUGAUGUCAAGAAUGGAAAAGCAAGCUAUUUAUCAGUGUUUGCUGAGGUGCAGAGACCUCAAGUGUGUUUGUUGUCGUGCGACAUGUACAUCGAGAAGGUUUAUUUUGGUGUCCCUGUCAGCAGAGAAGUUGUGCUACAUAAUCAAUCCAUGCUGAGAGCACAGUUUGAGUGGAAAGAGAUACUCCAAGGAGACUAUACUCUCACGUUCGAACCAAACCGAGGAACCCUAGAACCCAGAGAAGAGCGUUCAAUCAAACUGACGUUUACUGGAUAUAAGAAGGGUCCUAUAAGCGAUCUAAUGACGUGUUGCGAAGUAGUGAGGAUGCUAGAUCCUGUGUGGCUGUCAAUUGCAGCCGAUGUACAGGGGCUUGGUGUCACUUUUGAGACUCCAAAGCUCUUUGACCUUGAUAGACCUGACGAGAUUAAGGAAGCUUCUCUCGAUGACCGAGAGCUGCUGUUAGACUUUGAAACUGUAGCACUCGCCAGCUGUCCUCGUACAACCCUUGUUAUUACCAACACUUCAGCUAUACGAGCACGCUUCAGUUUAGAGAUGGAUCACUUCAAAGCAGCCAAACCGCCGACGCCACCAGAUGGUGCACCUCAAAGCAAAAGGACACGACUGUUGGGAAGAACACCGAAUAUUGCUGAUCCAAUCAGUAGAACUGCUGUGAAAGCACACGAAGAUUACUGUCAAGCUAUCUUGCGUGACAAAAGAGGAGCAGCGUUUGUGGCAAGUCCAGCGUCAGGUGAACUGUCACCAUUCGGAUACCAAGUGAUUGAAAUCACAGGACACAGCGACAUGUGGGGGAAAUACAGAGACUUGCUGAUUUGUAAGAUUGAAGGUAUUGAUCCAGUGUACGUUCCUGUGAAAAUGGAUGUCGUGGGAUGUCCUCUUAAUUUUCAAAUGAUGAAAGAUCAGACGCCAAUCUUGCGAUUUGGCACGCACGUUUCUGGAGCUCCAUUAGUUCAGAGAUCACUCAGAAUCAACAAUACCAGUCCAUAUGACAUUCGCUUGGACUGGGAAUCAUACAACAUUCUUCCACAGGACAACCAACUCCUGGAUAUGUUAGUUUUUGUUGGUCAGCCUUUCCCUGUGAUACAGGACGGCCAGGAAGUAGUACCAGCUGUCCAGGAAAAGGACUGUUAUCUCUGCGAGGAGAAACCUUUUAUACAAGUAAAACUGAGAGAACACGAGGGCGCACGCGCAAACCGACCGUUUGAGGUCACGCCCAGUCAGCAGAUUAUUCCGGCCAAGAGCCAUUCUUCAGCCAAAAUGUCAUUCCAUCCUUUCACGGAUAGCCCGUCUGGAGAAGUUUGCUCGGCAUAUGCAGCAGCUUACAUGAGUUUAGAUCAGCAGCUUCUUGAGGUUCCAGGUCGGGUGAGUCGAUCACAUGGAGUAGAGCUACGUCCCUUCCGUUUGGACAUGACAGCAAACAUUGAUCCUGCAUUCCUUUCUCUGGAAACUGAAGAAGAAGAGGGAACUGAGUUUAUUACGGCAGCAUCUGAUUUGCUGAACGGUGACACACCCCUGGUGCAUCGGUUUGUUUUAGGAAACACCACAGAAACCCCGCUGACCAUGCGCUUCGAUGUGCAGGCUCCAUUUAAGAUUCUUUCAACCGAGCCCCCUCCAUCAGCCAAAUCAGCAAAGUCUCAGUCUGCAGGAAGUAUCACCAUUAAACCCGCUAAAACGUUAGAGUUAAAAGUUGGCUUUUUCUUGUCGGACGAGCUUGUUCUCAAAGUGAACGAUCUCAACACAGAACAACAACAAACUGAGGGUACAAUGCUCAUUACCUCAGAUGAUGGCGACAGGCCACUUGUCUUCAAACAAGACUUGAAAGUUCUGUUUUCCAACAAUACCUCACAGGUGAUUCCUCUUUUGGCCUCGAUAGCUGUUCCCACUCUCCGUCUGUCUCAGGAUGUCAUGGACUUUGGCACGUGCCUUGUGGGCCAAUCAGUCGAAAUGCACGUGACCCUGCGCAAUCCCUCUCGCUCUGCUUCUGCUUGGGUCGCCAAGAAAGAUCCACGUUACCCCACCGUUAGCCAAGAUGUUUUUGUUGUAAAUCCGACCGAAGGAUUUCUGGAGGCGAACACCAGCUUUAUAGCCCAGACUAAGUCUACACUUAAAGUGACCUUCACAGCUAAGCACAGUGUUGAAUACGAGUGCGUCGUGAUUGUCAGUGGUCAACUGCAGGAAGAAGAGCAGAGACUGGUGCUUAGAGGACGUGGAUCGUAUGACCAAAGACACGAGCGACUGGUGAAUGUUGCCACAGACACGUGACUGUAUUGUGUGCGUGGUUUAUCAACCUCGGAACGCACAAGUUUCGUGCACAAGUCACAUUUUUGGACCCUUCCAGAUAUUUUAGUUUUCUUUCAGGACUGAGGUGGCUUUGUGUUAAGGUUUAAGGUGUAUAUAGUGUUGUACUGUUUCCUGAAUAAAUAUCAUCAUGUUUGGAA